AUGGCUUUUGUGGCCAUUCGAUCUGCUUCCGCUCCCUCUGCCCGCUUGUUCCGGGCCAUGGCCACAGCCACCACCCCGGCCCUGCAUGCGCAGUCCCGCCAGAUCUCCUUCUCCUCGUACCUCGUCACCCCGAAACAGCUCAACGACGCACUCAAAAAGAACUCGCCGAGCAAGAUCUCAACGUCCCCACGGGUGAUCCCCCUUUGUGCAGCCUGGUUCAUGCCCAAUGACCCAGAGGGCCGCAAGGGAAUCGACUCGUUCCGCAACUCACGCAUCCCCUCCUCCCGAUUCUUUGACAUCGACGCAAUCAAAGACCAUGACUCUCCCUACCCGCACAUGUUGCCGACGUGUGAGACCUUUGCAGAGGCAAUGAGUGAGCUAGGCAUCCGUCGCGACGAUGAGAUCGUGGUCUACGACACUGCCGAGCUAGGAAUCUUCUCUGCGCCCCGCGUGGGCUGGACUCUACGCGUCUUCGGUCACCCUAAUGUGCACCUUCUAAACAACUACCGCCUCUGGGUGCGUGAGGGAUUUCCCACUGAGAGUGGUGAGCCUGCUCCGCGGGAGAAGACCAAGUAUCCCGUCCCCACCUACGACUCCAAGCUGGUCAUCUCGUUCCGGGAGAUGAAGGAGCUGGCUCUCGACUAUGGCAAGGAAGGUGCGGAAGAGGUGGAGAUCCUGGAUGCUCGCUCACACGGUCGCUGGGCCGGAACUGACCCGGAGCCUCGUCCUGGCCUGUCCUCGGGUCAUAUGCCUGGCUCUAAGAGCAUGCCCUUCCAGGAACUGCUAGACCCGGAGACUAAGACCUACCUGCCUGUUGCUGAUCUGCGCAAGAUCUUUGAGGACCGUAAGAUUAACCCUUCCCGCUCCAUCAUCAGCUCCUGUGGUACUGGAGUUACUGCGACUAUCAUCGAGACUGCUCUUGGUGAGGCCGAAUACGGGGAACCUAGUCUGCGCCGGGUGUACGAUGGCAGUUGGACCGAAUGGGCACAGCGCGUCAAGGAGUCGGAUGGUCUGAUCAAGAAGACCAAGGCAUAA